UUCCUUUUCUUCUAUUUCGUCACACAUACAAAGCCAUGCCGCAAUUUGGAACGGAUGAAAAUCCUAUUGAUACCUCGUACUAUGAUCUUCUCGGAGUGCCCGUCAAUGCCACGAGUCUUCAAGUGAAGAAGGCAUUCCGAAAGUUGGCCAUCGUAUACCAUCCAGAUAAAAACAAGUCCGAGGAAGCAGAAGAAAAGUUCAAAGAAAUUUCAGAAGCAUACCAAGUGUUGAUGGACCCCCAGUUACGGGCCCAUUACAACAAGUAUGGUAAAGACAAGGAUUUGGCUCCCGAAGGUGGUUUUGUGGAUCCUCGUGAACACUUUCAGCAGAUGUUUGGCGGCGAUGCUUUCCGAAGUAUCAUUGGCGAUUUGAGUAUUGGUGAAAUGUUUAGCGAGGCUAUGGAUUCAGACCAGCAGAAGACAAACGGCGAGAAUGGUGAAGCAGCUGCUAGUGGAACCGAAGAUGAAAAGGCCAAGCAGCCGCACAUGUCAAAAGAACAAAUGGAAAAGAUGCAAAAGGUGCAGCAGGAACGGGUUAAGAAAUUGGCCGAGACAUUGUUGCACAAGCUCGACUUGUACGUCAAGGGCGAACGAGAUACCGAGUCGGUCAUGGCCUUUGAAGAACAGAUCAAGAUUGAGGCCGAAAAGUUAAAAAGCGAAAGCUACGGUUUGGAACUGUUGCAUGCGGUUGGUGGUGUUUACUCGAGCAAAGCAAAACACUUUUUGGGGUUGAAGGGUGGUGAGAUGCCAAGCAUAUUCCACAAUGUCAAGCAGAAGCGUCACAUCAUGAAAGAGCUGUGGUCAACAGUCAAGAGUGCCAUGGACAUGCAGGCUGUUGCUGAAAUGGUGGCCAAGGCAGAGGAACAAGGAAUGGAACAGGCAGACCGAUUAAAGCUGGAAGAGGAGGCCACAAACAGAGCAUACAAGGCUUUAUGGCAGACGUCAAAAUUCGAAGUGGAAGCUACUGUGCGGCAAGUUUGUGACACAAUUCUGCAAGAUAAGACGGUGGAGAAGCAAACUCGAUACAAGCGAGCUGAGGCUCUGCGCAUCAUCGGCUAUAUCUACAAGCACGUUGAAGAAAACAAGCCUGUCUCUGAAUUGGUUGUCAAGAUCAAGGGAAAAUAGAAGAAAAGCCUCAGUAGAGAACUCCCUUGGCAUCAACGGAUCAAGCGCUACAAGAAUAAUGACUACCCUUCUCUCUUAUAAUUCUGCACUCCUAGUACAUCACAAUCCUUUCCAGUCUAAUUUGCAUGAAGUAUUUCUAUAUACAUUAUCUCUACAUCAUAUAUUAUUCUUUUGUUUUCUUGGUUUGAAAGUAAUUAAAGAAACAGACACAAACAUUGACUUUUAGAGAAAGCUGGUGGAUACAGUAUGUAGAUUUAGUAUUCUAUGUGUGACGACUAUAUAAAGUAGGCUUGACAAGAACGUGCCGUGUAUUUUUGCCAUACGCUUUUAUUAUCAUCACGCUUCAACAACAUCAUAACUAUUUGUCUCAAAUCUACAAUAUCGGCUCCUCGUGUUCCCAGUCAGCUAAAGGGAUAGCUAGUCAAUCAAACAACCAUGCCGUUCACGCUGCCGAAUUGAACUUGGC